AUGCUUAAGCCAAAUUUUUUGUGGGUGCUGGUACAUAUUGCAGGAGCAGGUGGAAUUGUGUUCGUACUUGUACACGCUUAUCAUAUGUAUUCGACUAAUCCUAUGGUUACCACUUUGUACGAUACGUUGUAUCCAAUUAAUGAAGUUCCAUUCCCUGGUGUAGCUAUUUGUAACAACAAUCGAAUAUCUUACAAUGCAGCGGUUACAUUGUCUAAACAGCUAACCGACAAAUAUAAAAGCCGUUUCAAUGCAACGUAUUUUUUGGAAAAUGUCAAGUUACUUGGAAAAUUGUAUGACAGCGAAGCGGUAGUCGAGUCAGAGGCAAUAGCAUUUCAAACCUAUCUGGAUAUGUUCGAAUCAAACGACACGUUAAACCUUAGCAAUAUAACGACCCUCAUGAAAAAGCUUUCACCUGAAUGUUCGGAUAUGCUUUUACGAUGUAUCUGGAGAGGAGUGGAACUGCCCUGCAUGAUAAAGAAAAGUAUGAACGAGUUUCGCUUAACCCAGUACGGAUAUUGUUGUACGUUUAAUUAUGUACGCUAUGAUUACGGCCAAGCGCUGAAAGGAGAUUCAUAUUUUAUUGAAGAAACGGGACCUGAUUCGGGACUAAUUUUGCUUGUAGAUGGUUCAGUGCAUGAUUACCAUUACCCGCUUUUCAGUUUUAAAGGUUUCAUUGUAAGAAUGUGUGCGUUGAAAGCCCGAGUGCAUAUUAAUAAACAGGAUGUUUAUAAAAUAAUAUCUUCUAAUUUCACAAAGAAAUCAUUUUUCGUUCAAAUAUUCAAUCCACUUGAAUAUCCUGAUGUGCCCUCCGGCGGUGUGUCUGAAAAGUUGGUUGAGGUCGGAACGGAAGCUUUUAUACGAAUUGAUUCUAUAACAUUUAUAACCAAUGAUGAGUCACGGAGAUUUGCACCGGAAACGAGAUCUUGCUUAUUUUCAAAUGAACGGCCAGAAACAUUCGGACAGAACUAUAAAAGAAGCGAUUGUGUCGUUGGCUGUCGUAUAGCCAGCAUUCACUCACUGUGUAAUUGCGUUCCAUUUUUUGUGCCGGUGAUUGAAAAGAAAAAUGAUUUUUCGAACUUGCAACUGGCACAUAAAUGCACGUUACAGCACUCGUCCUGCUUGACACACUACAGAGCAAAGUGGGCAACUUUCCUGUUAACUUUGGAAAAAUUUCCCGGUUUGGAGAAAGACAUCGAAGACGGUUUAUACUGUCCACAAUGUUUGGCCACUUGUUCCGAAACCAUAUACAAUGUUAAAUCAACUGCGCUUCCAUUACUCGUCCCACCGAAAAACAGCAAUACAAUUUUACGCAACAUUGUCAAUGUAUCAGACGUUGCAGUGAUACGAAUCUAUCAUGGUCAACCGGAAACAUGGCUGUAUAAACAGGCGCCAGCGGUCCAAUGGUUCGAAAUCAUAAGUAAUCUUGGCGGCAUUUGCGGUGUUAUAACAGGCUUUUCUUUGAUAAGUUUGGUGGAAAUAAUGUAUUUUAUAGUGAGGAGAAUCGUAAUCGAGGUAUCUAAUUGGUAUACAAAAUCAACGAGGCGUGAUGAAACAUUGAAAAUUAUGCCGUAG